AUGACACCUGCCGUGCCGCAGAAGGACCAGUCUAAGAAUAUAAAGAAUUUGACUAUAGACACCAAUGAUAAGGAACCAGAACAAGGAUAUGUACUGGAAAAUGUAGAUGAAACAAAGGAGAAGACUGUGAUAGGGAAGGAGAAUUCAAGGAAUAAUGAGAAUACAUCAAUUCAACCUACACCUACACCUAGUUCAGGCAGUGAUAAUGCUAACCCGCUGGGAGGAUUUAAAGUCCCAAAGAAAAAAAAUGGUACUGAAGGUAAGCAAGGAGGAAGUGGGAAUGAAGCAAAUGCAGCCUCACGAAUAGUGUCUACUGAUAAUAGUAAUUCAGUGGGUGGCACGCCAAAGCUCAAUAAGAAUAUAAUAACAAAUUUGAAUAAGUCAUUAAAAGCCAAGCAGAAAAUCAUCAAUUCAAAGGAACCACACCCAAAAAACUCGACCAUAAUAUCAGAAAUCAUUAAUAAUUCGCCGAAAGCAUCAUCGUUCCCAAAUAAUGAAAGCGAGAGCGAAAAUAAUUCUCACGCUGUAGUGGGUAAUGGAAUUUCGAACCCGUCCAACAAUCUAAAUAAUUCAUCCAAUAUUAAUGUCAACGAACAAUCUAGCAAGCUGAACACCAAUAAGGAUAAGAAUAAACGGACAGCGAAGCAAAAUUCGACGAGAACAGAUUUUUUUGCCGCUAAGUUGGCAAGUGCAGUAGACGAUGUUGAUACUUCAGAUAGUGAUGAAACGUUUGUUUACGAGAAUAAUACUAAUGACUAUGAUAAUAGCGUAUCCCAAAACCCUAAUAAUCGGAUGCCUCUUCCAAAUGACACCGCAUCCAUCAACGGAAGUAUUGUUAAUGCUGGAGGUAUUGCUACUACUUUAAAUAGCCCUCCAAUAAUGGAAGAAAAUUCGGAUGGAGGUAAUGUGCAAGCGGAAUCUAUACAUUCAGCUCAUUCUUCUAAAAUACCCACUAUUAGAUCAACAAAUAAUUCAAUAGCACCGGCUGACACUAAUGCUCUGUCUGAUAUUUUCAAGUCAAGACCUCUGCAGCAGAGGACGGGAUCGAGCUAUUCUAUCCCGCAUUUACCCCCAGUGAUACAAAAUAAUGAAGAUAGAUUACAUCAUUCAGAUACGACCACAGGAAAACAUAAUACAAUUGCAUCUAACCAUUCUCCUGCAAGUCCGUAUGCAUUACCAAGCAAAUCUCCCUCAAAUCAAGGUCUCGCUGGAGCUGAAAGACCUUAUAAUUACCAUAGAAGCAAUAGUCAACAAGCUAACGCUGCCGCAGCAAGUAUCAACGAUGGUUAUAACGAAGAUGGCUAUUCAUAUGAUGAAGUUGAUGACACAGAUAUAAUUGAUGAUGACUAUGCAGAUGAUGAAUAUUAUUCGUCCCAUAGAGUUAACGAUGCUUCGCAAAAUAACACUUUGACGGGGUUCAGCCAAAAUGUAAAUGCCAACGAAAAUGGCAAGGAAGAUGCUGGAAAUAACAACAAACCCAAUGUAAAUUCGUCACUCACGAGCAAAGGAACAUCAAAAAAGAAUUUCAAAUCGUCUAGUUCGUCCUCUAAGUUAAGAUCGACAACUUCCAAGCUCUUUGAUAAAAAAGGAUCACAGCCAAGACGUUACAGCAUAAUACCUGAUGAUAUUGAUAUUGAAGAUUUUGAUGAUGAAUUAAUUUAUUACGACAACAACAUUCGAUUUCCAUAUAACAACUCCAAUCAAACAAACCUUACGAACAAUGUAAAUUUUAAUGAUUCAGUACCAUCAAUUAAUCAUAAUCAUAGAAUUCCACACUAUAGAUCUUUGAAUUUAAACUUUCUGGGUAAAAGAAAUAAUAAUCUUAAAAAUAAGAGGUAUUUAUCAACCGGACAACCUAUUGCACCAAGCAAUAACAAUGAUGAUACUCCUCCGAAUACUUCUCAUACUAAACAUUUAAAUAGUGACAUCUUUCCAUUUCCAUACCCUGAGCCUCAUCAAAAGUAUUAUUGUGAUAUAGAUGAAUAUGAUGAAGAGUCACCUUUGAACGGUGGAUUUCAAGAUGAAGAAGCACAAUUUCGUUCGCCAAACUCAAGAAAUGUUUCAGGUCGUUCAAAACAUCCAUACUUAUCCGCAAGUAAUGGCCACUUUUUAUUACCUAGAAAAAAGUCUAAUCAAACACUUAAAAGCCAAAGAGUAAACUAUAUUAAAAAGUUUAUUUAUACGCUAAUAAGUAUCAGCUGUAUAUUAUCGGUAGGAUUUAUAAUGGGGUUUGUACUUGCAACUACGAAAGAGUUAACCAACGUAUCUAUCAACAGUUUUGAAAAUCCUAUUGUUUCCCAGGAUGAAUUGCUCUUUAAUGUAAUUGUGGAAGCUUUCAAUCCGGGAUGGUUCACUGUAUCUAUUGAUGAAGUUGAGUUAGAUAUAUUUGCAAAAAGUGGCUAUUUACCGGAGAGUAUGGACAAUAUAGAUAUUGAUUUGGAGGGAUUAGAGAAAACAAAUACGGUCGAGACUGUAUUAUUGGGAACGGUUACUAACCUUGAAUCUCCUAUGAUUUUUGCAGGUGGUUUCUUUACGAGAGAACUUACAAGUCAAAGUGGUGAGAUUAAAUUGUUGAGACCUGGUAGAAAUUUAACUAGUUUGGAGUUUGAUAAAAAUAGAAAUGAAUCUGAGCCUGAUAAUUCUGACAAAUGGGAAAUAAUUGCGAAGAAUCCAUUCGACUUGAUUGUCAGGGGAAUUUUAAAGUAUAAUUUACCAAUGAGUAAAGUAACUAAAUCUGUCGUCGUCAGUAAAGUAGGCUAUAUUGAUCCAAAUCAAGAUAGUCUCUAA